AUUCAACAUUUUUCGUCUCAACGACCUCUUAACAAUAUGGGAACGUGUGUAGCAGACGACACCGGCUAGAAGACUUAUCUUAUAUAUAUUUAUAUUUUUAGGCCUAUAUAUAUACAUUUUAAAAUUAUUUCCAAAACAGAGGCUUAAGUGCUAGCAAGAAUGCGAGUACGUCGAAAUUUAAGUCAUUUAUGAUGUGAAACAUUUUUACAAACAUUUUUUUUUUUUUAAACAAAACUAAAACGGAUUUUCCCUGGAUAAUCAUCAUUUUGAUCGCCAAGUCGUGGCGUGACACCGGUUUAUAAGUACAAUGGCAGGCUCUCGAUGUUUACAGAACGUAGGCAUAUCAUUGUUCUUAGUGUGUUGGCUUUUAGAAAAGUCCUCUAGCCAAGACAUCACUCUAGAACUUCAAACACAUGGGUGUAGCCAUGGACUGUUAACAAAAAGACACAACAUAGACUUCACAAGUGUAGUGCAUCUGGGGGAGGAGAUUGAGAACUUCUCCAUGGCCGUAGUUUUUGUGAUCAGCAUGACUAACAAUGAAAUCUACCACCUUGUAGCACAAUUGGACGACUGUGGUAUCGACCAAACCCCAUGUCGAUGUUUCUCACGUGAGACUUCCUAUCGCAUCAAAUGUUCCAUGCCUGCUGAGAAACCUUACAGUGAAGCCACCGUCUACGCUUACAUCAGUAAUCUGUCAGGAAAGAAAUUUAACUCUGAGACUCGGCGCAUUCCAACUAUAUACGAUGAAGGGGAUCUACAUUUAAGCGUGAAUGGACAAUCAUUAGACAGCAACUGUAUAUUGCCUAUAAACGAAAAGACCCGGGCACUCACCUUCUGCUCUGGUAAUGGACCCGCUCCACUUACGGCAGUGAUAUACCGCAACAGUGUGUUGGUUGCAUCAUCUGCUACCUGUGCAAACUAUGAACAUCCGUCGUUGGACAACUCGCCAUAUCAACUCGUCGUUUAUGUCUGCCAGGAUCGUACACCUGUAAUGAAUAGGACGUGCUUAACACAAGAUUCAGCAACCAAUGUGUCGUCGUAUGUAUCAACAAUGAAUAUUACAUUAUUUGUCCUUGUCAUCAUGACAUUAUGGUUGAUAACAUCAUGAAUACGUAGAGAGAGAGCAUCACGUGACUUGAGCUGUUUUGGUCGAACGGAGAUAAAAAAUGACCAAAAGUAGAACAGGCGAUGACUGUCAAAUAGCUGUCUUGAAACAGCCAUUGUUUUUUUUUCGACUACACUCGACGGUCGACUUCAGUUACCUUGGAUACAAUAGCUUAUGCGGCUAUAUAAACGCUUGUCUACUAGAUUUUAGUCACUUUACAUUCAAGUCAAUAUGCAUGUGUGCGCUCGUAGGUUCUACGCUUUCUCUAUCUGUAUAUAUAUAUAAUGUUCAUAUUGUAGAUAGAAUUUUAUUGCAUAUAAUGUUGAACAUUUAAGUGCAUAGUAGUGUUGGUCUCUUCAUCAUGAUACCUCAAAAGGUGUUAUAGACUGUGAAACAGGAUAUAAAACAGCUUUAAAUAACAUUUAAAUACAUUCGUGGGUUAGACUCUACAUGCAGAUAAAAGGUCAAGGUCAAGAAGAAGGUUAUUGUUUAGAGGCCGAGGCAUAGAUCUAUAAGUGUACUCAAUGUCAGGACUUCUGAGUUAUAAGUACAACAAUCCCUGAUAGACACACCUUGCACAUACAGUUUGACAAGAAAUAAUAAUGCUUCAAAGUAAAAGUGUGAAAUAAAUACUAUGAUAUUUACACAAUGAUAUUGACAUGAAUGGUGUAGAUAGUAAAUUACUAAAGAUAAAUAUAUGAAAAUAACUAAAUCCUAAUUACAUUUAUAGUACUAAUUUAAAAUAAAAUAAUGUAAUAAGUAAAUUUUAUGAUGCAUAAAAACAACGACAAGACGCCGACGGUAUCUUAAACAUUAUCGACUGUUCCACAACUGGUAUCAAAGAUUUUUCACUGUACACUGAAGCAAGAUACUUCAGAAAGUCUCAAUAGAACAGCAACUGCAAUAGUUGUCACUGAACUUCUAAACGCCAACACUGGCAAUAAGUCCUUUAACUACCAGGGUAGGAUCAUAGAUGUUGAUGUUAAAACUAGAGUUACAUACAAAAAGUUUUUU